CCAUGAGUUGGGGGCGCAAUAACCCCGCACGCGUCUCGUGACGGGUGGAAGGGAUGCCCGGUGGCGUCGACGACUUGGACGUUAGGAACUCUGCCAGUCUGUUAUGAUUCGCUGGUGACAAGCCACCAAAGGCUCUCUCAAGUCUGAAGGUGUGCAGACACGAAAUACGACUCAGCCGCCGCGAGGGAAAUAGGUAUGUCUCUUGUCUCAUUGUACAUAGAUAGUGCAGCUUCUUUCUUCCAAGCUUUAAGUAUGAGAGAAUAAACCCACUCUCUCGAGACGUCGCGCAUCAUGGACGCCGCCAUUUUCACGUUUGUCCUUGGUGCCCCCGACCUCCCAGCAGUCCAGAGUUCCGUGUCGCAGAGACUCUCCAACAUGGGCGGCGCCUCAUCGCGUCCGCCGCCGCCUCCGCGCGUCGCAAAGACACUGCCGACGACAACCGUCUGGGUCCAGCACCUCCCGCCGAUAAUCUCCGAGACAGCCCGUCAGGCGAUCCUCGCCACGGCCCAGCUGCGCAACAAGUACCUGGCCGGAGGAGGCGAAGAAGACGCGAGCAGCCCGCAAGCACUGGGUUCGCUCGUCGAACGACUCGACGCCUCCAUCGACGCAGCGCGAGAGGCGGCCAACAUCCGGGAUUUCACUGUCCUCGUCAUAGAACAGACGGUCCUGCGCCUCGUGACGGACACCGGAUCGCCGUCGCAGAGCCUGCUGGACCUCGCCCGCGCGGUCAACCCGUUCCUCAACCGCCACGCAGAUGACGACAACGGACAACAGGGGCCCGGCCCGAGCUCCAGGGGGACCGACGGCCUUCCUGCGCCCUUCCGACAGUCCGACUUGUCGUUGAUCGACGGCCCCGAAAAGGACCUCCUGGUCUUGCUCCAUUACUGCGACCCCUCCAACCUGAAAGGCUGUCUCGAGGAGGCCGUGGCUCAGCUAUCGGUCAUGGCGGCCAAGCACGGCACCAUCAAAGACUUGGAUCUUCGAAAGGAGCCGCUUUCAGAGACGGAGGUGUACAUACAUUGGGUCUCGCUCUACCUGGCUGCGAACGUGCCCCUGGGGGCUCUCUCCCCCGAUCUCGCGGCGAAGCUGGACUCUGAGAAGAGCAUGCAGAUGAGCCGCCUCCUGACCGUCUGCGAGAUGCUUCUGAGCGACGGCAGGCUCGACCAGAUAUGCUUCCUGCUGGUGUUCCUGAGACGAUGCGCCGCGGCCCAGGACAAGUCGUGGUGGCGUUCGAGGGCGAAGCAGAUCCUGAAGGGCAUGAAGAAGAGCAGGGCGGCGAGGGCCCCGUGGCACGUCGACUUUGCCGACGAGGCGUUGACGGGGUUAAAGGCUUGGGAGCAUCAUAACCAAGAAGAUCGGUGGUCGAAGCGGGGCUCUAUGACGAUUGAGAGCGGCAGGAUAUCGAUCGAGCUGGGCAAGAUGAAGGGGGAUUGAUGCGUCCGUGAUCCAUCUGUGAGUGCAAAGGGUACCAGUACAUCAGAUGAACGCACAUCGGCUAUCAAAGCAUCAUCAUGAGAGAACUGUCGAAUUUUGAACAUUUCAGGUUUCAGUAAGUAGAACCCGGGCUUAUAUUGGUUUGGCGGCAACGACAAGCUCCGGAUGGGGACCGGACGGCGGCCCGGCAUGAAGUGGAACCCCGGCCCCGAAGACAAAAAAGACGGGAUCCGGGGUAAGGUACACGGGACAGAGACAAACAGUGUAUUUCACAUGCACUGUGAGGUGAGCCUGGAAAUCCAUUAGAAACAUGGUCAUUGUCCCCUCGGGUCCCGCAAACCUUUGUCUAACACAUGGGGUUUGACAAGGUGUCUUCGUUACAGAAUGGCUGCCUUAGUGCCACCGGGAUCCUCAUAAGAAUCUAUUUACUGUUGUCGGCGGGGCCGUCC